GCCAGGUGAGGCUCCGCCCACCGCAUAACAGGAAUGUGUAUUCACUUGGCAUCUCAGUAGCUCAAAGCUGUAACUCUAUACACAUCUCCACAAAGCUACACUCGUCCUACAGCCAUGAUGUGGUUGUAUCUCCUGCUCCUGGGGUUUGUUGGGGUGUGUGAAAGCUACCCCAGUGGUCAGGUUACAGGCAGUUGUGACGGUAACAUGGUUCCUAAUCACGGACCUGCGGCUCAGACCAGCGCACCGCCGUACACCGUUACAACAGACAGCAACAUAUAUAAAGAAGGAGACACCAUUACGGUGACUCUGAGUGCCACCUCGGGGACGUUUACUGGGUUCCUCCUGGAAGCGAGGCUGGUGGGAGGCAACAGCGUUAUGGGUUCCUUCAGUGUCACCAACUCUGCCUCCCAGACUCUGAGCUGUUCUGGAGUGCCUAACUCUGCCGUCUCUCACACAUCAAAAAGCACCAAAUCACAAAUUCAGACUAAAUGGAAAGCACCAACAUCUGGCAACCUCAACAACAUCGAGUUCAAAGCCACAUUUGUCCGUGAUUACUCCACCUUUUGGGUGGGAGUGAAGAGUGCACAGGUCAGCUACAACGGCACAGGGUCUGGUGCCACGUCCACCCCAUCAGUCGGCACCUCCAGCACCUCCAGCACCUCCAGCACCUCCAGCACCUCCAGCACCUCCAGCAUCUCCAGCGCAGGGUGUGGGAGCAAUAAGACGUGUUUUAGCCAGCCAACUGACUGCGACCCUUCCACCAACUCCAAUUGCUUCUUCAUGUCUGCCACACCCAUGUCUUCGACUUCAGCAUUUAAGUUCGAGAUCUCCGGCUGCGCGGUCGGCUACGUCGCCAUCGGCUUCUCCGAUGACACCGAGAUGGGGUAUGAUGACAUCUAUAUAUGUGGAAAGAAUACAAAUAAUGUGAUCCAGUUACAGCACGCAUUCUCAACAGGGACGACAACACCAAACAUCAUCGACCUGGGGAACGUGACGUUGCUUAAUACAUCACUGAUCGACUGUGUGAUUAGCUGCUCCUUCAUAUCUAAUAACACCAUCAGCACCAGCAGGAGCUCCACAACAUCCAACAAUUACUACAUCUUCCUCGCCAACGGUCCCACUUUCAAUGGUAUGAUACAGAUACACCCCAACACGCCCUUAAUCAGCAGCACAAAGGUGGACAUCAGCAAUCCUCAAAUAGUGGGAAGUCAGUCACAGCUCCCAGCCAUCGUUAAAGCUCACGGCUGUCUGAUGCUGAUAGCGUGGAUGACUCUGGCCAGUAUGGGGAUGCUGAUUGCUCGUUUCAUGAAGAGUUCUGCUCUUGGUCACAGACUCUGUGGGAAAGACGUGUGGUUUGUGGCUCAUAUGUCACUGAUGUUACUCACAGUUGCAGCAACUAGCAUCGCUUUUAUCCUGAUAUUUUCAUACGAAAAAGAAUGGAGUGGGGGAGCUCAUCCAGUCCUGGGCUGUCUGGUGAUGAUCCUCAGUAUUGCUCAGCCAAUCGUUGCCAUGUUCCGCUGCUCACCACAGGAUCAGAGGAGAUUUAUCUUUAACUGGGUUCAUGGCAUCAACGCAUUAGUCAUUAAAGUGUUAGCAGUGGCUGCGAUCUUCACCGGUCUGCUGCUGGUCGACAGCUCAGAGUCUCAGUGGCUGCCAAAGGUGAUGGGGGGCUUCGUGGCCUGGGAAGUGCUGCUCUUCCUCUGUCAGGAUAUAUACCACAGAUUCAGACAAAAAGAACUGUCUGAAAGCGGUGGCAGUGGGGUGGGAACAGGAGUCCUUCUGCUGAUGUUGUUCUUCGUGGGAAACCUGGCGUUCCUGGUGGCUCUGCUGGUUGGAAUCGGAAAUGCAUAAUCACGGAAACGGAAACGAUGUCGGCGAUUCUGAAGCUUUUUUUUAACUAAAAUCUCAGGAUGUUUUUAAUCGGGUUUAUUAAUACGCUUAAACGUUCUUAUUAUUUUUUUAAACUGCAUCAUUCUUCUGCUCUGAUUGUGCGUCUUUGUCUUAUCAAGUAUUUAAUUCCACAUAUACCACGACAACUUGCCAACAUUUAACAUUUCUUAUAUCAUAUUUAAACCUUUAUAGUUACAUUUGAACUGAGUGAGUUCCUGUUAUCACUAAAGUUACAGCAGCUAUAAACAGUCAUUACCUCACCAGAUGAACCUUACUCUUACUAAUGAAGAAAACUGUGCAGGUUGAUAAGAGAACUAACUGAAGAUCAGUAUCAGGGAAAAGAUGUGUGUGUGUGUGUGUGUGUGUGUGUGUGUGUGUGUGUGUGUGUGUGUGUGUGUGUGUGUGUGUGUGUGUGUCUCUUAUUGCCUGAACACAAAUAUUUAUCAUCAUAAUAUAAAGCUCAUUAAGUUAAAAACUAAUAUAAUUGUUAUAUUUUUGCACAAACACUUUAUUUUUUUUAUUUAUAAAAACGAAAGCACAACCGUCUUAGGAACAAACCAGCUACGAAGUUGCGGUAAAAUAACACUCUAGUCUUUCUUUUCUCCUAACGGUGUACAUACAUUUGUACCUUUUUUUGUAUGGAAUAGAGCUCUGUAUAUUUAUGAGAUACUACAUUCAUAUCCAUAUAUUAUGAACAAAACUGUUUUAUAUUCAUCCUGUAACCUGAUUAUUAUUUUUAUCAUCAAUAUAUUAAAAGCUUUUAAAAUUUU